CUGGAUCCUCAACAACGCAUGCUCUUAGAAGCAACGUGGGAGGCCACGACUGACGCAUGCCGCGCCAAGGCGCCUGUACAGUCGGGUGUUACUGUUGGUAUCUCUGGCAGUGAAUAUGGCAGAAUGGCCGACAACGUCAGUGCGUAUACCGCGACUGGUGGCGCUCUCAGCGUCGCUUGCGGGCGCAUUUCGUACACGUUCGGCAUGCAAGGCAUAUGCAUGUCCGUUGACACGGCGUGCUCGUCGUCGCUAGUGGGCUCACAUAUCGCAAUCACAAGUAUUGUCAUAGGCGAGUCUGAUUCCGUUGCCGCGGGUGGUGUGAACGUAACGCUCAAUCCGAUGACGAGUGAGAUGUUCAGCAAAGCCGGCAUGUUGUCAAGAGACGGCCGCUGCAAGACCCUCGACUCGAGCGCGGAUGGCUACGUGCGUGGCGAGGCGUGCGUGGUAUUCGAGAUUUGCUCUCUGACGAUCAUGAAGACGUCAUUGGAACUUCAUUCAAGCACCUUGGUCGCGUCGGCAGUGAACCAAGAUGGCCGCUCAAGCUCCCUCACCGCCCCUAACGGACCCUCGCAACAGCGUGUUAUUCGCAGCUGUCUAGGGUCUGCUAAAACGGAUCCAGGUGCGGUCGACGGUCUCGAGAUGCACGGAACCGGCACG